ACAGCAGGAUCACGCCCGACGUAAAGCUUUAACUGGCAUCCUCGUGCAAGAUCGCAUGGAACUUUUGAAAUGUCAGACCUGUGGCCUUGGAUUUAACUCGUCAUCAGCUCACAAAGAUCACUACAGAUCUGAGCUUCAUCGCUACAACUCAAAACGCCGUACGAAUGAGUUAGGCCCUGUGAGUGAGCAUGAUUAUCAACGUCGGAAAGCCGCUGCACAGAGUUUAACAGGAUCAGAAGGAUCAGCGUCUCACGGAUUCCAUGGGAAGUGUCAAGUGUGCAACAGGACAUUCGCAUCGAAGGCGACGCUUCAGCAACACUUGAAGUCCCGUAAACAUGCCUACGCCACAGAACGAAGCACACAAACGACCAGUAAGAGUGAAAUUGUGAGCGAGGGUGGCGUUGUUAUGGCUGCUCUAGGUGGAAGCGAGAGAAAAGACAGAAGCGGGACUACAGAGGAAGACGACACUGUUGGGCCGGCUGAUCUGGAUCCAGAAGUUUGUAUUUUUUGCAACCGCAGAUACUUUACAGUAGAGUCUGCAAUUUUGCACAUGUGGAAACAACAUGGAUUUCACCUCCCCGACGGUGAAUUCUUAGUGGAUCUGCAUGGCCUACUCCGCUACUGCGCAGAGAAAGUGAAAAUUGGGUGCAUGUGUUUGUAUUGCAACGGCAAAGGCAAGAGCUUUCUGAGUCCCCGGGAUGCGCAACACCAUAUGGAAGCAAAAAGUCAUUGUAAGCUUUUGUAUGAAGAGGGCGAAGACUUGCAUGAAUUUCGACCGUUUUAUGAUUUCAGUGCCUCGUACCAGGUACUCGAUUCCCGACGACGGUAUCAAGAGGAGGAGAAGAUGACCGACAAGACUGGACCAAAAAGUUCUGGUAUCGACCUGGGCGCUGUAGAUGAUGAUGACAUGUCGCUGGAGACGGUGGACUCCGCAUACGAGGAACUGAGUGACGGUGGAGGAAUGACAACGAUGGACGAUGGCGGAAACGUUGGGAAGGGAGGCGAGAUGGAGCAAAUCUUCGACCAUGCAGCUAUGAGGGUCUCGCAUUUGGGCGAGCUCGUGUUGCCAGAUGGUCGCUCUUUAGGUUGCCGGGAGAACAACAGGUACUACAAACAGUAUUACCGCCCUGAGGAUACACGUGUGGCGUUAAUAGCGUCGAAACAAGAGAAGGCUGGGCGCAUGGCCUCAGGAAGUCAUGACAGCGCAAUGGUGAGAACGGGGAAUAAUACAAAUGUGGCAUAUCGGAGCGGAGUCAGUAGAGAGGGAAUGUUGGAAAAUGACAGAGCUGCCCGACGUGCAGUGAUGAAGGUGACGGCUGCCGUCCGGCGGACUUGCGAGAAAUACAGACUGCGACGAGAGAUAAGCACGAACAAGUUCCAUAAAAGGCCUCAGAUUGAUGGCUAGAUGUGUGGCAGACAUUGAAAAAGUAUGCAGGAGCUUCUAAGGACAGCAGUGGCUCAUCGUGUGAGUAGUAGAAAGUGCAUAGCUUUC